UUUACUUGUUUUUUUUGGUGUGUUUUUGGUUAAGUUCAGUUUUUCAUCGAUUCAUCGUUGAUGAUAAAAAUUUUCGAAUUAUAAUUUUUUAAGAUGUUGUUUUUGAAUUAUGUUAAAAAUCAUGCUAUAAUAUUUACAAAGCAUGUAAGAUAUUUUUCGAAUUCGAAAUCAUUUCAUUCGAAAAUUGUUCGUGUUCGAUUUGCACCAAGUCCUACCGGUUUUUUACAUCUGGGUGGCCUUCGAACAGCCUUAUUCAAUUAUUUAUUUGCUAGAGCAAAUAAAGGAAAAUUUAUUUUACGUAUUGAGGACACAGAUCAAACACGUAUUGUUCCCGAAUCGGUUCAACAACUUAUCAACGAUUUAAAAUGGGCUGGUUUAGAAAUAGACGAGGGUCCAAAUGUUCCAGGUGCAUACGGCCCGUAUACACAAUCACAACGUACAGAUAUUUACCAGAAAUAUAUAAAAAUUUUAUUAGAAAAUAAAAGUGCGUAUCAUUGUUUUUGUACAGAUCGACGUUUAAAUUUAAUUCGUAGAGAAGCGUUAAAAGCACGAGAAAUACCAAAAUAUGAUAAUCGAUGUCGAUAUUUAACGGAUGCUCAAGUGACCGACAAACUUAACAAAGGUGAAAAAUCUUGCAUUAGGUUUAAAUUAAGGAGUGAUUGUGAGACGUUUGAAGACCUGGUGUAUGGUAAUAUUGCUUACGAUGUAGCAUUGAAUGAAGGUGAUCCAGUAAUAAUGAAAGGUGAUGGAUACCCGACUUAUCAUUUUGCAAACGUUGUAGAUGAUCAUCUGAUGGACAUUACUCAUGUGUUACGUGGCGUUGAAUGGCAAAUAUCAACAACCAAACAUAUACUAAUGUACAGAGCAUUUAAUUGGGAACCACCAAAAUUUGGACAUUUACCAUUAUUAUUAAAUUCAGAUGGUACCAAAUUAAGUAAACGACAGGGAGACAUUCAUAUAUCAAGUUUUCGUGAAGCUGGUAUUUUUCCACAAGCUCUAAUUAAUUUCGUAACACAUUCUGGCGGUGGUUUUGAUCGGGAUUCAGAAUUACGACAUUAUUCCAUGGCUGAAUUAAUUGAAUUGUUUAAUAUUAAACGUGUCAAUUCACAUUCGACCCGAUUAAUGCCCGAAAAAUUAUUAGAAUAUAAUCGACUUGCUUUAAUGAAUGAAAUAAAAAAUGAAAAUUCGUUAAAUAAUUUAAUUACAGAAGUUAAAAAUAUGGCGAUUAAAUUGUACCCAAAAGAGAAUGAAAAAGGUUUGUUACAAUUAAAUGAAAAUCAUAUUCGAACAAUUCUUGUAUGGGCACAAAAUCGUAUUCAUAAAUUAUCCGAUUUAUUUGCACCAAAUUUUUCAUUUUUAUGGAUUUUACCAACAAUUUCAAAUUUAACAUAUGAUGAAAAAUUAUAUGAUAUUGCAUUAUCGUUACAAAUUAUGUUGAAAAAUGAGAAGGAAAAUUUAAAAAAAGAUCAUUUAAAUAUCAUUUUAAGAGAUUUUUCUGUGGAAAAACAGAUUCGUUUUAUUGAUUUAAUGAAAUUUUUAAGACUUGUAUUUAGUGGUUUAGAGAAAGGACCUGGUGUAGCUGAAAUGAUGGAAAUUUUAGGGAAAAAUGAAUUAUUAUUAAGG